CGCCCCGCCUCCGCCACACUUUACGGCCCGGCACGCCACUUUUGCCGCAGACGCUCCAGCUCCCGCUGCCGCUGCUGCCCCAAGCCGCCGCGGCUGCUGUCGGUGAGCUCCGCUGCCAUCUGCGCUACGGCAGGGAGGCCGCCUUGGCCCGGCGAGCCGAACCAAUGCUGGAUCUGGAGGUGGUACCCGAACGCUCUCUGGGGAACGAGCAAUGGGAAUUCGCGCUGGGAAUGCCUCUGGCUCAGGCAGUAGCCAUUCUUCAGAAGCACUGUCGCAUCAUAAAAAAUGUCCAGGUUCUCUACAGUGAACAGUCUCCUCUAAGCCAUGACCUCAUCCUUAACCUGACUCAGGACGGGAUCAAACUACUGUUUGAUGCUUUCAAUCAGAGACUUAAGGUGAUUGAAGUAUAUGACUUGACUAAAGUAAAGUUAAAAUAUUGUGGCGUGCAUUUCAAUUCUCAAGCCAUAGCUCCCACCAUUGAGCAGAUUGACCAGUCUUUUGGUGCAACCCAUCCUGGAGUGUACAACUCUGCUGAGCAGCUCUUCCAUCUCAACUUCAGAGGACUGUCUUUCUCUUUUCAGCUAGACUCAUGGAUUGAGGCUCCCAAGUACGAGCCCAAUUUUGCCCAUGGUCUGGCUUCUCUCCAGAUACCCCACGGAGCAACUGUGAAACGAAUGUACAUAUACAGUGGAAAUAGCCUACAGGAUACCAAGGCUCCUGUGAUGCCUCUGAGCUGUUUCCUGGGCAAUGUGUAUGCCGAGAGUGUAGAUGUCCUUCGAGAUGGAACUGGACCCUCAGGUUUACGACUUCGCCUACUUGCUGCAGGUUGUGGACCUGGCCUAUUAGCAGAUGCCAAGAUGCGGGUAUUUGAACGCUCAGUGUAUUUUGGUGAUUCCUGCCAAGAUGUUCUUAGCAUGCUUGGCUCUCCACACAAAGUGUUCUACAAGUCAGAAGACAAGAUGAAGAUUCAUUCUCCUUCUCCUCAUAAACAAGUUCCAUCCAAGUGCAAUGACUACUUUUUUAACUACUUCACUCUUGGAGUGGACAUCCUCUUUGAUGCGAAUACACACAAAGUGAAGAAGUUUGUCUUACACACCAAUUACCCUGGACAUUAUAAUUUUAAUAUUUAUCACCGCUGUGAGUUCAAGAUCCCACUAACCAUAAAGAGAGAAAACACAGAUGGUCAGACAGAAACAUGCACAACCUACAGUAAGUGGGACAACAUCCAGGAGCUCCUAGGCCACCCUGUGGAGAAGCCUGUUGUCCUGCACAGGUCCUCCUCCCCAAACAACACCAAUCCAUUUGGCUCCACCUUCUGCUUUGGUCUUCAGCGGAUGAUCUUUGAAGUCAUGCAGAACAACCACAUUGCCUCCGUGACCCUUUAUGGCCCCCCCAGGCCUGGUGCCCACCUGAGAACCGCAGAGCUCCCUUAGGGACAUCACCACCCAUGUCCAUCUGCCCCAUGGAACUUUGCAUCGCAUCCUGUUCAGCGGGCCUCCCUGUGCCACCUUGUGGGUUUCCUUGGACACCUUGCCAGUGUGGAAGGGCUGUUGUGAUGUUUUGCAGUGGGGCUCAGGCUGGGUGCUCUGCCAUGGGUGAGAGACCCAAAUGUUCCUCUGUCCAUUCUCAGCCUGCUGGUGCCAACAGGAACACAGACUGCAGAGAGAAGCACAAACUCUGAGCCUUGAUACCGGGACCCAGGAGCCUCUGGACUAACACAUAGGGAGGCAGGGUUCUCUCUCCCCUGUCCCACAUACAUUGGGAAAACUUGGGGCGCUUACUGUGGCUAAGGAGACAGGAACAAACAGGACAAGGAUAGGUACCUGCCUUUGGCACAGCAUUGCCACAUGACCGUUAAGCAGGUAGCAUGUCCUUAUUACUUCAUUGCGACUUUUGCACUACAUCCACUUGAGUUACUUGAUGAAGCUGGCUGCGUGGCCAAGGUGGCCCACCUGCCCACCCCUGUUCCUUUCUUGCACGCGCUCCCUGCCAGGCCCAGUAGGCACACCCAACUGGUUGAAACACAACUUUCUACCGUCAAGGUACGUACCCAGGCCCGGUUCCCACCCUUCUUGGAGCCAGCCUCUAAGGUCACCUGUGCCCCCACUCUGCCCCAACCUGGCUGGCAGGGCUGCAUGUUUCCAUCCUGUUUGCCUCUUUUAUUUAAUGCCAAAGUUUUCGCCAAAGACAUCUUCGUCCUUUUGUUGUGUUUCAGCAUUCUGUUCUGCACUGUGGGCUUGGCUCCCCUGCCCCUGGACAGUGUGCCCUGGCUGGCCCACUGAUGGCUCAAGGCCUCUGGGGCUCGAGGAGGGCUGGGCUGCUCAGUCUCUUCUUGGGAUUUGCUGAAGAAAGUAGCAUAUGGAGUUCCCAUCACGGUGCAGCGGAAAGGAAUCCGACUAGGAACCGUGAGGUUGCGGGUUCCACCCUGGCCUUGCUCAGUGGGUUAAGGAUCCAGUGUUGCUGUGAGCUGUGGUGUAUGUAGGUCGCAGACGCAGCUCGGAUCUGGCAUUGCUGUGGCUGUGGUGUAGGCCAGCAGCUGUAGCUCUGAUUAGACCCCUAGCCUGGGAAUCUCCAUAUACUGCAGGUGCGGCCCCAAAAAAGAAAAAAAGAAAUUAAAAAGAAAGUAGCAUAUGUGCUUUAAGAAUAUUAUUAAUCCUUUUGAAAAGAAUUGAGAAGAGAAAUGUAUAAUUUUAUCCCAUUUUUAAUAUUUUGGUCUAGUAACUUGUGAUACAUAGAUGACAAUUUUGUGAGUUUUUCAGAUGUGUGUACAGAUUUUUGUAAAUACGACUCUUUUGUAAUUAACUCAUGUACAGCCUCAUCCUGUAUAGUUUAACAAUGAACGUGCAGGGGACCUGCCCCAGGCUUCUUUGUGGUGCCUGGCCCUACAACCAGGCUUGUGUGACGUUCCCAUGACUUUGUGACUGAUUGGUGUGUCUUCCCAUGUGGACUAUGGCCUGGCCAGAGACCCACCCCCGCACUCCCUUCCGUGGGGCAGCCAGGACUGUUCCUGUCCUCCUAGAAUGGGGGAGCCUUCUUCAUUGCCCUGCCUAUACCCCUUCUCCAAUAAAAACCUAAGCCCCCAGCAGCAGCUCACCAUGUGCUGUUGCUGAGAUGUUUGUACUAAAA